AUGUCAGUUCUUUCUUUUCUGUACUCCCAGCUCUUCGUCACUCCGCCUGUCCCCACUUACGACUUCACCGGCCAAACCAUAAUCAUCACUGGAGCUAAUAGAGGCAUAGGCCUGGAGGCUGCUCGCCAUCUGCUCCGAUUAAAUGCCAGACGUGUCGUGCUUGCCGUCCGCUCAACGAAAAGAGGAGAGGAUGCCGCAGCAGAGCUUAAAAAGUCGACGACUGGCCAUCCCGGCAUCAUCCAGGUAGAAGAACUAGAUAUGGCAUCGCAUUCGUCUGUGAAGGCUUUUGCAGCGCGCAUGAACAAGCUGGAUCGACUAGACGGAGUGCUGCUGAACGCCGGAAUGUACACACAUGAGUUUUACCUCGCGGACGGCUUUUUGGAAAGCCAUCUUGUAGUCAACGUGAUCAAUACUUUUUUUCUGUCGUUCCUGUUACUGCCUAUUCUGAGAGCAUCGGCUGAGAGAAGCCACAACGCUCGGGCACGAAUCAGUUUCGUCUCGUCGGAUCGACAUGUCAUGUACGGGUUGCCGGAGUGGAAAGAAGAAAACCCAUUCGAGGUGCUCAGCGACCCGGAAAGGGCAAGGAUGGACGAGCGGUUAGUGAAAACCCCUGUCGUGUUUGCUCGCGUAAUCUCAAUGCUGAUCAAAGAUACUAGCUACAUGAUCACGAAGUUGAUGGUGAUUCUACUCACUAGGGAGAUGGCAGUUCAUGUCAAGCCUUCGGACAUCAUCGUCAACACAUUCACUCCAGGCUACUGCGAGUCUGGUCUGAUAGAUAAUAUCAAAGGGACCACGCGUGUCGCACUGAAUCUGCUCAAGAAGGCCACUGCGCGGACGGCAGAGGUUGGUGGUCGCACACUUGUUGCGGCGAUUGUUCCUUGGCCUGAAAGCCACGGACGGUAUCUUAAUGACUCGAAAAUCGACGACUUAGCUCUGUCAUCAUUUGUACGAAGCGAUGAAGGCGCAAAGGCACAGAAGAAAUUGUGGAAGGAUUUGAUGGACCUUUUGGAGCAGCGUGAGCCUCUGGUUCAGUCGUCGAUUUCUCCUGGUCAACAAGGUCCAGAUGCUCGCGCUUAG